AUGGCCCUCACCACGCGAAUCAUCAAGGAGACGGAGAAGCUGCAGCGAGAGCACUCGGAGGGCAUCGAGGCCAGACCAUCACCUAACAACCCGCGCUACUUUCAGGUGAAAAUACGCGGCCCACCACAGAGCAGCUACGAGGGUGGCGUCUUCAACCUCGAACUUUUUCUCCCUGAGGAAUACCCGAUGGUUCCACCCAAAGUGCGGUUUCUCACCCGCAUUUACCACCCGAACGUGGAUAAGCUGGGACGCAUCUGUCUCGACAUCAUCAAGGACAAGUGGUCACCGGCGCUACAGAUUAUAAAGGUGUUGUUGAGCAUACAGCUGCUUAUGGCAAGUCCCAAUCCCGAUGAUCCGCUAGACAACGAGGUAGCAGAGAGUUGGAAGCGCGAUGAAGCCGCUGCGAUGCGGACGGCGAGGGAAUGGACACAAAAGUAUGCAUCGCCGCAGGCGUGA